AUGUUGGCUGGAUUUAGUCGUACAAGUGUAGUGGCUGAUAUCAUACAGAAUGCAGAGUGGAAAUGGCCAACUUCAUGGUUAGAUUUAUUCCCCGUUUUAAUUAAUAUACCUAAUGUGCAAUUAUCAUCUCUUCAGGAUGUAUAUUAUUGGAAGGACUUCAAGGGAAAAGAGGUAGAUUUCUCAUCUGGUAUGGUUUGGGAAUCGGUGAGGAGUCGAAAAGAUGAGGUGCAAUGGUAUAAAGCUGUUUGGUUUUCACAGAUGAUCCCAAGACACUCAUUCCUUAUGUGGCUUAUCUUUAGGAGGAAAUUGAAAACCCAAGACAAAAUAAUGAGAUGGAGUGCUGGUGGAAAUAUGAAUUACAAUCUUGUUUGCGACAGUUUGGUAACAAGACAUUUAGCUUUCUUGCAAAACGUCCAACCAAAAUGGGAUGAUAUUACAAGAUGGCUCGUUCAAAGAGGCAACUCGAAUUCAGCUUGGACGGUUAUUGGCAAGUUGUUGAUAGCUGCUACUUCUUAUUUUAUUUGGCAAGAGCGCAAUUCCAAAUUAUUCUCCAAUAAAUCGAGGCAAGUAGAUCAAAUUCGAGACUUGAUAGCCUCAACAGUUCAAUUGAAACUUGUUACUUUACGUUUCAAGAAUAUUGUCAUGGUAAACCGGUUUAUUGAAGCAUGGAAUCUUCCGAGACAACUUAUGGUGAAGCGUGAUGAAGAUUAG